GCACACAGAAACUGCGGCGACCAUCCGAAACCAUCAACAAAUCUUAAAACUUUUUAUAAAAAGUACAAAAACGAGGUCAUAGGCGUCGCAAGCCUACAAGGCAAGAAGCUCAUUCCAGCCACCUUAGAUAAACAUUUUGGGCAGGAACGAAUUCAGGCAGUACCGUCGACAAUUCAUAUAUAACCGAAAUGCGUGACGAGAUAUUGGACCCCAGCAACCUGGUCAAGAACCGGGAGAUCCUUUACCGUCUGAUGAUUAGCCAACUGAUGUACGAUGGAUUGGAAAAAUUUGCCAUGGAGCUGUCUAUGUUGGUCAAGGCGGAUCAGUGUGCUCCAAGCGAGCGCCUGCUGCACGUGAUGAUCGCCGGCAUGCAGACUCUUGGCGAUAAAGAGAAAACUCAAACCGACGAUGUUCUCCCUGGAAUCGAUCUGGAAUUCGAGCCAGAGGCAUCCGCCUUGGCCCCUGAACCCCAUUCCUACGAAACCGCCUACGUGACAUCGCAUAAGCAGGCUUGUCGAGCUGGAGCCUUCAGCUUCGAUGGUUCGCUUGUGGCCACUGGAAGUGUAGAUGCAAGUAUCAAGAUUCUGGACGUGGAGCGAAUGCUGGCUAAAUCCGCCCCCGAAGACAUUGAGCCAGGACGUGAACAACAGGGACACCCAGUUAUCCGCACUUUGUACGAUCAUACCGAUGAGGUAUCCUACUUGGAAUUCCAUCCCAAGGAGCAUAUCCUCGCUUCAGCCUCGCGAGAUGGAACUGUGAAACUGUUCGACAUUGCCAAGCCAUCUGUUAAGAAGGCCCACAAGGUGUUUACCGACUGCGAGCCUGUGUUGUGCUUGUCAUUCCAUCCCACUGGGGACUACGUGGCCAUUGGCACGGAACACAAUGUUCUCCGGGUGUACGACGUCCACACUGCCCAGUGCUUUGUAAGCGCCAUUCCGUCGCAGCAACACAAGGCGGGCGUUACCUGCGUGAAGUAUUCUCCAACAGCCAAGCUGUACGCCACAGGAAGUUACGAUGGAGACAUCAAGGUGUGGGACGGUGUUAGUGGGAGGUGCAUUAAUACUAUUGCUGAAGCUCAUGGCGGAGCGGCCAUUUGCUCCUUGGAGUUUACCAGAAAUGGGAAGUACCUUCUCUCGUCGGGUAUGGACUCGCUGGUUUAUUUGUGGGAAUUGUGCACCAGUCGCCCCAUUCAGACGUAUACUGGGGCAGGAACCACUGGCAAGCAGGAGCACCACACGGAGGCAGUGUUCAAUCACACCGAGGACUAUGUUCUAUUCCCCGACGAGGCAACCACGUCGCUGUGCUCGUGGAACUCACGUAACGGCUGCCGAUUGACGCUGAACUCCCUGGGGCACAACGGGCCAGUUCGAUACAUCACCCACUCCCCGAACGCGCCAGCCUUUCUCACCUGCUCAGAUGACUUUCGAGCGAGGUUUUGGUAUCGACGUGCCAACAAUCAAUAAAUUCCUUAAAGAAAUGAAAGCAUUUCCUGUCUCAUGUUCAUUAAAAUCACAAACUUUAUAUUUCACUAAAA